AUGCAAAUCUUUGGUCGUGCCGGUCGUCCCCAGUUUGACACGUUUGGCGAGAGUUUCCUGCUCACUACACACGACAAGCUGCACCACUACCUCAUGCUCAUGUCGGCAGCCAUGCCGAUCGAGUCGCGUUUCAUCACCAAUCUGGUCGACCAUCUCAACGCCGAGAUUGUGCUCGGCACAGUGUCCAACGUGCGCGAAGCCGUCACUUGGCUCGGCUACACGUACCUCUAUAUCCGUAUGAUUGCCAACCCGCACGUCUACGGUAUCCCACUCAACGAAGUCGGACACGACCCAACCCUCGAGCAGUUCCGUCACAAGCUGAUCGAGAAUGCGGCCGUCCAACUCGAAAAGAGCAAGAUGAUCCGCUUUGACCGUGCGUCGGGCAACUUUUUCACAACCGAUCUAGGACGUAUUGCCAGUCACUACUAUAUCAAGCAUCCGUCGAUCGAAACGUUCAACGAGAUACUUAAAGAGCAUAUGAACCAAGAGCAGAUCCUCACGCUCUUGACCAACUCGUCCGAGUUUGAAAAUGUCAACCUCCGCGAGGAAGAGACUCGUGAAUUGACACAACUCUCCGAGAAUCAUUUGAUCAUUCCACAACAAUCACGUGUUAUCAAUACUGAACUACUCGACUUGCGUCCACUUCCCAAAGAAGCACUCAAGAACCCACAGCUAGAGGCGUUGUUCAAGUUUUCACAUUUCAAUCCCAUUCAAACACAGGUGUUCCACACACUCUACUACACGAAUAACAAUGUGUUGUUGGGUAGUCCAACGGGUUCUGGUAAGACCAUUUGUGCCGAGUUGGCCAUGUUCAAGGUGUUUAGAGACGAACCACACAUGAAGAUUGUGUACAUUGCACCACUCAAAGCACUUGUUCGUGAGCGUAUGAAUGAUUGGUCAGACAAGCUCGAAAAGAAGUUGGGCAAGAAGUUGGUCGAGUUGACUGGUGAUUACACACCCAAUGUGAUUGCUUUGCAGAAUGCAGAUGUUGUCACAACCACUCCUGAAAAGUGGGAUGGUAUCUCUAGAAAUUGGAAGAAUAGAUCAGGUUAUUGUCAGUCGUAUGGCUAUGAUCUCCAAGCAGACUGGACAUCAAACGAUGAACAAACCAACCUUUGCAUCGAUCAAGACGUACUCGCCACUCAAGCCAGUGUUGGUUUCCUCUACGACCCAUUCCCAGUCGAGUCGCAUCUCAAAGAGUUCUUGCACGACCAUCUCAACGCCGAGAUUGUGUCGGGCACCAUCAACAACAAGCAGCAGGCGAUCGAGUACCUCACCAACACGUUCCUCUUCCGUCGUCUCUUGCAGAGCCCCACCUACUAUGGCUGUGAGGACAACUCGGUGCGUUCCAUCAACCGCUUCCUCUCGGAGCUGCUCGACAACACACUAGACGACUUGCAAAUCGCCAAGUGUGUGUCAAUCGACGAAAACACCGACGACAUUGAGCCGCUCAUCCUCGGCCGUAUCGCGUCGUUCUACUACCUCAAUUUCCGCACGGUCCGUCUCUUUUCCAACAACAUCCGUGCCGACAAUGACAUCCGAUCGCUGCUCCGUAUCCUCUCACUCGCCCACGAGUAUUCCGAGUUCCCCGUGCGUCACGCCGAAGACAUUAUCAACGAGGAGUUUAACCAGCGUCUGCCUAUCAAGGUCGAGGACUAUCUCAGCGAGCACACCAAGGUGCAUUUGCUGAUGCAAGCUCAUUUUGAGCGUUGUGCACUCCCCAUUCCCGAUUAUGUCACCGAUACCAAGACUGCACUCGAUCAGGGUAUUCGUAUUCUCCAGGCCAUGAUCGAUGUUGCCUAUGAGUGUGGAUUCUUUGCAACGGUUGUCCAAACCAUCCGUCUCCUUCAAAUGCUCGUUCAAGGUAGAUGGGAACAAACCACCGAUGGAAAGGACACCUCCCUCGCUACACUACCCCACAUCUCUCUUGAAGCUGCUGACCAAAUCGCAGCUCAACUAGGUUGCAAAAAUCUCAAAGAACUUGUCCUUGCCUUUAAUGUCAAACCAAACAACAAUAACAGCAAAGAUAACAAGAACAACAAGGAUAUUGUAGAAAGAUUCAAGUUACUUAUUGAACAUCAACUUUCAAUGCCACCAACACAUUGUCGUGAAACCAUCAAUGUCAUCCAACAUUUACCAAUCAUCAAGAUAUCUGAAAUCAACCAAUCAGAUGCACUAGUGUCACGUAGCAAACCACACACUGUCAAGAUAUUGGUGCAAAGAGAAAACAAGGGUUUCCACAACAACUUUUGUCAUGCUCCUCAAUACCCCAAAAACAAGGAUGAAGGUUGGAUUGUCGUCUUGACCGAUGAAAAUGAAAACUUUGUAGCAUUCAAGAGACUCCAAGGUCUCAAACAACAUGGCAACCAAAAGAACAACAGUUCAUUGGUCUCUUUCAACAUUAAUAUUCCAGACAAUGUCGAUGCCAACACUCUAGUCUAUCAUGUCAAAUGUUAUUCAGAUUCUUACAUGGGUCUAGAUUAUUUCCAUACCUUUACCGUUAAAUUGGAACCAAAAAAGAAAUAA